AACCUUAAAUGGUUGCCAUAAAUAGAAUAGAAUAGAAGCCUUUAUUGUCACUGUGUACAUACAAUGAAAUGUUUAGAUGGUAUGUUACGUAAGAAAUUGCAUCUGAAUAUUAUGUAUUUUUCCAACUGUUGAUGUGUGCGUAUAAAAAUCAGUUACACCUUCAUGCUGCUGUUUGAAAGAAACAAAGCACACUGCCUGAAAUGAAGUUGAAUCAUCAAUUGUCUGUGGCCAUCAAGUUGGCAUGAGAAGUUCCUGCGCUUUCAUUUUGAAGGCUGCACCGGAAGUUGUACGUUUCUUCGUGCACUUGACGCACACUCACCAUGGCGACUGGACGCAAGCAAACCUUGUUGAGCCUCGGCUCGGAUGGAAAACCUGCGCGGCCACUUCCAGCUAAAGAAAAGUUGACCAAAAAGAGGAACAAACGCUCUGGGAAAAAGCCGCCCCAAGACCUAUCCAGUUUUCAAAGGUGUGAUGGGUCGCAGCCAGGUGGGCACAUGGCAUCACGAAAUGCAGGUGUCUCCACCGUGCGCUUGUCCAGACCUGCUAAGAAAUCACAUCGGGCAUCCACUCUAUACUCUAUUCAAAGUCUGCCAUCAGAGAUCCUGAUUAAGAUACUGUCAUACCUGGAUGCCUCCUCUCUUUUCUGCCUCAGCCACGUCAGCAAGCUCUUCUGUCAGCUCGCCAAUGAUGAUAUAAUUUGGCACAAGAAGUACAUAUCAGAGUUUGGCAAUAGUAAAAUGUGGAAACCAAAUGGCACGGAUGAGGUGGUGCUGAAGUUGGGAAAAGUGACGGUGCAGGAUCGGCCUGUGGGUUACUGGAAGAGGCAGUACUUCAGGGCCAUAGUUGGACAUGAUGUGUACAGGUGGAGGAGAGAGCUUCAAAUGAUCAGCCCCUUAACUGGGUUGCCCAGCCAAACACAGUGGGUGCUCAGAAACUUGCAUGUGAGCUGGGAGCUCACAGUAUCUGAUAAGUCAGGAUGUGAGCACACUUUUGAGCAAGCUCAAGCUCACUACUUUCAGUCCUCGGUGGUUCUCUGCUGGACCGGAGAUGGCUGGCCGAUGUACAGCCAUAUUUCCACCCUUCAACUGCAUGGUAUGAUGAGGAGGAUGAGUCUCAACUGCCCCACCCUACAGAGAGCUAGCUGGCGGUCCCUCAUAGCCAAGUUUGACAUGAAGACUCAAAGUGCGCAGGUUAUUGGCAAUGAUGGACUGGUCAAACUGAUACAUCUGCAGCCUGGCAUCAUCAUUGGCAUCUGGAGGGGUCAGUGCUCUGUUGCGUUCGUCAUGGUGAGCCUCCACUUCCACCGGCUGAUGGAGAAAAGUCUCAUGGGAUCAUCCGCUUGCCCCUACUAUGACCCAGUGGAGAAAGCGCCUUUUGAUGACAUAGACCCGGAGUAUGGUCUCCAUGGUUACACACUACACUUUGUUCUCCACAAUACUGUGACUGUGUUGAUGUCCAGCAGCUUCUCCCAGCUCUUCUGCCGGAGAACGCAGAUCUAUGACGGCCUGAUUCAGCUGACUGCCAUCAGCAGGAGCAACUUGGCGCAGCACAUACCCCUGGCAGGCAACAUCAACCUGCCCUGGAAGUGUGAGGCCCUAGAGGGCACAGUCGAGAACUGCUGCAUGAUGAGCCUGACUCUGUUGGACGAAUUCCGGAAACCCUUCUGGUGCGUCAGCUCUCCCGUUUCCAUGGUGCUGGCGAAGAGUCCCGUCUGCUACGACUAUGAUGGCACACACUUUGAGAUUCAGCACCAGGACUCAGACGGCCAGGUGAAAAUGAAGAUCAUAUGUUUGAAGGAACAGGGGCCGUUCUACCUUGUCAGCCUCACUCUCUAUGUGCCAGUUUACAAAGUCAACAAGCAUUUCAGUCGAGAUUACUGAAGCUGCAGUAGUUCUUUGAGUUGUUUUUGAAAAAAGGAAUGAUUUCAGGUUUCAUUCUAUGAUUUGAGCAAGUUCUGAGGUACUGCUCUUUGCACUUUUGGUAGUUUGACUUUGAGUAUUGAUGUGAUUCUCAUCAAAAUUUUUUACCUUGUUCAUAACUUUUGUAUUUUCUAUACACAAGACAAAAAGAUUUCAUGAGAAGACAAGAAGAUGAGAAGACAUAACAGUCUUGGUGUUUAAACUUUAGGAGUUUGUCUCAGGAGCUUGUACUUUAAAUAUUAAAAUUUCACUCUAGAGGACAAACUUCGUGUAUGAUUUAAUUUGUCAUUUGUUUGUAAUCCAGUAAAUGUGUUGUUAGUACA